ACAAUACAGAUGGGUGAGUGUGGAUGAGCUCGGCUACAUAGUAGUAGUAGUGCUCUCAGCAAAAACAUCCCACAGCAGACUGACUUCCUUCACAGCAAUAACCAACUUGUACUACUCCCCAAAUGACUAACCCAUCUGCCUCCACCUCCUCAUCAACCCACUCAACAACAACAACAACAGCCACCCAUAUCGUAAACGAGGACGACGGUGCAGGACUGGUCUACUGGGAAGACCAUCAGCAACAGAACAAAAAACUGAUCGAGCAAGUCAAAUCACCAGAAUCAAACUCAAACUCAAGCCAAACCAACAAACGGAACUCAACACUAGCAGGAAUACCCUCCCCAUCAAAACCCACUACUACCUCAGCCAGAACAGAACUACUCCAGCCCACUCACCAGAACAAUCAGAAGGCACUCAGGCAAACCAAACGAAGGAAGAACAGAGCAGCCCUCACUCACUCAGAUCAUGAACCCCAAAAAAUCACCAAACCAUCCACCAAGCCACCCCUCCUUCCCAAACAGAUGGCCUGGCAGGAACUCGCUUCCAGGCUCAAACGACGCGAACUUGACUCCAUCUCAGAAACACCUCAGACCCGUAGCACAACCAAUCAGUCUCUCUCAAAAAUUGACAGUCUGCCGAAACGCGUCUUUCCCUCAUCAUCAUCUCUAAUUGCUCCAAAUCUCGAAAAUCGAUCACAUCAACCCACCCUGCCUCAAACUAGCUCCACCAAACCAGCUCUCAAAUCUAUCCUCCGUUCAUCUAGUAAUGCUACACACCAAAAAGCACCUCUCCAGAACAAUCCUAACCCCAAAUCCACAGUGACUAUCGUAUCGAAGGACUCGCCAUCUUGUCAGGACGAUUCGAGUGGAUUGACUAACCAGCCACAAAUGCGGAAUCAAUCCACGAAGCCUUGUGAACCGACUCGCGAGGUCCCAGGAUGUGUGUCGAAACAGAAGCCGUCUGUCCCAGCGGGGAUCUCACCAAAGAAGAGCAUCCCCGCUGAUAGCAAGAUGCAUGCUGCCCAGUCCGGAGGAGGAGGAUGUGAGCCAUGGGAGCUCGAAGAAGACGACGACGAGUUUGGGAGCCAGUUGUUGGAGCUGGCCGAUCUGGUCGAGAAGGAACAGAAGAUGAGCCAGGAGAUCGCGCUCCCUUCCGACAGGAAUCGCGAGCGCUCGACCACCAGACUCUCCUCCUCCAAAACUUGCAUUGCCCCCCACUCUAACACCACCACUCCGCCCUGGAAAACCGUCGACAACAGUAGGAAGAGAGCUCCCGCUUCGAUCCGUGGGGCCGCUCUACCUCCUGCACCUACCACCAACAUCAAUCAACUUCUACCCCCCAAGAGUAACAUCAUCACCAAUCAGCAGCAACAACAACAGAACGAUCGGACAGUUAAACGAGCUCAGCCAGUGGUCCUGAAACAGAAGAGUCCGAUCAUCUACAAAACUGCGAUGGUUUCCAAAGCGAGUAUGCCGCCGACCAGUGUCCAUCCGAACCCCGUCGAAGGCCGACGAAAGAAUCUGGGCGUCGUCGGGACGCCGAAGCAAGUGGGCCCGAAACCGGCGGACCAAGGACUGUCUAUCAACAACAACAGACCGUCGAGCCUCCACAACCCGGCCCAGAAACUCACCUACUCUGAUGCGCUCAUCCGCCCCCGUCGGCUGCAACUCCCCCUCGAUCCCACCCACUCCGCCCUCCGCAUCCGCCCGCUGCUUCAUAAUCCUUCCCCCCCUACUCUCAUCCAUCAUCCUCUCCCUCCUCUUGCCAAAAAGUCUGCGGUCUCUUCUUCUUCCUCUCAUGCCACUGCCACUGCUGUCGACAAGACUCUCGACUUGGAGUCUCUGUUUUGUGGGAUUCAGGGCGAUGAUCUUGAUUGGGACCCUAACGAUCAAUAAUCCUCUUGUUCUUCUCUUUUGGUACUCUUACCCCUCUUUCUUUCUUUUCUUUCUUUCCUUUUGCUUGAUUGUUAAGAGUUUGUUUUUUUCUGUCGUCUUGUAGGUUCGUCAGUCGGUUAUAUAGAUUAGUUAUCAUUAUCAGUAGUUGCUCUUACUCGAGUUUUGUUCUCCUUCUUGAUAUCGAUGUUGUUUGCGUUCCAUCUCAUACUCCAUUAAUUUAGAACCAUUCUUCAUGCUUGAUCAAGAACACCCAACCUGAAAAAAAAACCCCAAAAAAAGACGCUAAUUCUUUCUUUCUCUCCUGCUCAAUUUAUGCUUAUGUAUAUAUAUCAACCUCCACCUUGUAAUUCUCUCUUCUGGA